AUGGCUACAGACAUCAAAACCCGAAUCCUCAUAAUCUCCGACACACAUGGCCGGUGCACACUGAAGCAUGAUCUACCAAAGGAACAAGUGGAUGUCGCCAUCCACUGCGGCGAUCUCACCAACGUCUCAACAGUGCGAGAAUUCCGUAACGCCCUAGACCUACUCAAACAACUGCCAGCACCCUUGAAGCUGGUCAUACUGGGAAACCACGAUUUCAGCAUGGACGGACCCGCACUCCAGACCAUAAUUUACAACCGCGCAGAUGAUGUCCCACUCUCCUUCUGGAACCAAGUGUACGGAACACCUGAGAUGAUCCAGGGCCUCUUUGAAGACCACAAAACAGAUGACAACAUCCAUCUCCUCGACGAGGGCACCUACGUCUUCAACCUGCAAAACGGCGCCCAACUCAAAGUUUACGCCAGUCAGUACACGCCAGCAUGGGGAGGUGACUGGGGCUUCCAGUACCACCCCGACAAGGCGUACAACUUCGCCAUCGAGCCCAACACUGAUAUUGCCAUAACCCACGGGCCACCACGAGGUAUCUUGGACAUGUCCAAUCGCGGCGAACGAGCCGGCUGUCCGCACCUCUUCACCGCCGUAGCCAAAGUGAAACCCAAGAUCCAUUGCUUCGGCCACAUCCACGAGGCUGGGGCGCCAGAUUCGUGCACUGGAGGGCUGGAAGCGGCACCUCCGAUCGAUAAUGCAAAGUCGCGGUCAAUGACGAGGACGAAGGACCUGCGACUUUCGGCUGACGAUUUUGAGGAAGCCAGCGCUGAGGAGCAGGUCCGAUUGCAAGAUCUCGUCAAACAAGAGCACGCCUUCAUGUCUUUAUGCAAGGACAGCGCCACUCAUUUGGUGCCGGAUCAGCACACCCUCUUUGUGAACGCUGCUAUUGAGCCUGCGCCUGGAGAGCAUUUCCCCCAAAGCCCGUGGAUAGUCGAGGUUGAUUUGCCUUCCAGCCGCGACAAAUGA